GGGCGCGCCGCUCGGCUCUCGGUGCCUGUGCUUCCCCCGCCCCGCUCCCAGCCGCGUCGGUCCGCUGGCCGGUCCGGCUGACCCGCUGGCCUCCGGCUCCGAGCCCAGGCUCCGCGACCGCGGGGACCCGCCCACCAGACCCUGCCCGGGCCGCCCGCCUGCCGGCUCGGACCGCGCGGUUGAUGACACCCGGCACGAGGCUACCAUGGAAGGGGAUGGUUCCGACUCGCUGGUUACCAUUAAGAAUAUCGAAAGAGAGCUCAUUUGCCCAGCAUGCAAGGAGCUGUUUACCCACCCACUGAUUCUCCCUUGUCAACACAGUAUCUGUCAUAAGUGUGUAAAAGAACUCUUACUGACACUUGAUGAUUCAUUCAUUGACGUGGGAUCAGACAACUCCAAUCAGAGCAGUCCUCGACUUCGGCUCCCGUCCCCGAGCAUGGACAAAAUUGACAGACUUAGCAGACCAGGCUGGAAGCGCGGUUCACUGACCCCCAGGACAACCACUUUUCCUUGCCCCGGCUGUGAGCAUGAUGUGGAUCUUGGAGAACGAGGAAUCAAUGGUCUGUUUCGAAAUUUCACUUUGGAAACCAUUGUCGAGAGGUACCGGCAGGCAGCCAGGGCAGCCACAGCUAUCAUGUGUGACCUUUGUAAGCCACCACCCCAGGAGUCCACAAAAAGUUGCAUGGACUGUAGCGCGAGCUACUGCAAUGAGUGCUUCAAAAUUUACCACCCGUGGGGUACUGUGAAAGCUCAGCAUGAGUAUGUGGGUCCGACGACUAAUUUUAGGCCCAAGAUUUUAAUGUGCCCAGAACAUGAAACGGAGAGAAUAAACAUGUACUGUGAAUUAUGUCGGAGGCCAGUUUGUCAUCUCUGUAAGUUGGGCGGUAAUCAUUCCAAUCACCGGGUAACUACUAUGAGCAGUGCCUACAAAACCUUAAAGGAAAAACUUUCAAAGGAUAUUGAUUACCUUAUUGGCAAGGAGAGCCAGGUGAAGAGUCAAAUUUCUGAACUAAACUUGCUAAUGAAAGAAACAGAGUGUAACGGAGAAAGAGCGAAAGAAGAAGCCAUCACACAUUUUGAAAAGCUCUUUGAAAUUCUAGAAGAGAGGAAAUCAUCUGUUUUGAAGGCAAUUGAUGCUUCUAAGAAACUAAGAUUAGACAAAUUUCAGACUCAAGUGGAAGAGUAUCAGGGGCUUCUAGAGAACAAUGGGCUUGUGGGCUAUGCCCAAGAAGUGCUGAAGGAGACAGAUCAGUCCUGUUUUGUGCAGACAGCAAAACAACUCCACCUCAGAAUACAGAAAGCUACGGAAUCUUUGAAGAGCUUUAGACCUGCUGCUCAGACUUCUUUUGAAGACUAUGUUGUUAAUACAUCUAAACAAACAGAACUUCUUGGAGAAUUGUCUUUCUUCUCUAGUGGCAUAGACGUGCCAGAGAUCAACGAGGAACAGAGCAAAGUUUAUAACAAUGCUCUGAUAAAUUGGUACCAUCCAGAAAAGGAUAAAGCUGAUAGCUAUGUCCUCGAAUAUCGGAAGAUUAACAGAGAUGAAGAAAUGCUGUCUUGGAACGAGAUAGAAGUGUGUGGCACCAGUAAAGUCAUUUCAGAUCUGGAAAGCAAUUGUAACUAUGCUUUCAGAGUAAGAGCCUACAAGGGUUCAAUCUGCAGUCCUUGCAGCAGGGAGCUGAUUCUUCAUACUCCACCAGCUCCAGUUUUCAGUUUCCUCUUUGAUGAGAAAUGUGGCUAUAAUAAUGAACACCUCUUGCUGAACCUGAAGAGAGACCGCGUGGAGAGCAGAGCCGGGUUUAAUCUCCUGCUCGCUGCGGAGCGAAUCCAAGUGGGUUAUUACACAAGCUUGGACUAUAUCAUUGGAGACGUUGGGAUUACCAAGGGGAAGCACUUCUGGGCCUUCCGUGUGGAGCCGUAUUCGUACCUGGUAAAAGCAGGAGUUGCUUCCAGUGAUAAGCUACAGGAGUGGCUCCGGUCUCCCCGGGAUGCAGUUAGUCCAAGAUAUGAGCAAGACAGCGGCCAUGACAGCGGAAGUGAAGAUGCCUGCUUUGAUUCUUCCCAGCCGUUCACUCUGGUCACCAUAGGCAUGAAGAAGUUUUUCAUACCCAAGUCAGCCACUUCUGCCAAUGAACCUGAGAAUAGGGUUCUUCCCAUGCCAACAAGUAUAGGGAUUUUCCUUGACUAUGAUAAAGGCAGAGUGGCUUUCUAUGACAUGGAUCACAUGAAAUGCCUUUAUGAGCGUCAGGUGGACUGUUCGCACACAAUGUACCCAGCAUUUGCAUUAAUGGGCAGUGGAGGAAUUCAACUUGAGGAACCCAUCACGGCAAAGUAUCUAGAAUACCAAGAGCACAUGUAGAUUAAGCAUCUGAUGUGACUUAGGGUGGAAGAGAGGAGCAGAAUAAUGCCUUGGUGUAACCUUCGUAACUAAUUACAUAUCAUCUAAGUAGUCUGUGACCACA